ACAUUCGCAGUUCUCGGUCCGUCGUCCGUCCGUGGUUGAUUAGUUUGGUGGUGGCCUUUUGUUGAUUCGCGCGAGUUGGUGUCUUCUCCGCGUGUGUGUGGUCCGAGAUUUUCAACAUUUUUUUUGUCUUAUCAUUUCUUGGUUGGAGAUUUCUAGAACAAACGCCCGAAAAAAUCUCAACUUUGAGUAAAGCUAAAAAGAAAAAAAAAAGAAAAUAAAGAAGAAAAAAAGUGACCGUGAGCGCACAGAAUGUGAUCAAAAAGUGGCCAAAACGAGGUGGUUUCGAGCAAAAGAUUUGUCCAAAUGAGAAGAAUUAGGUUAUGUAAUAAUCGGCGCUGAAACACGAAACAAAGUGGGCAAAAAGUGAAAAGAAAAGAAGGUUAGUGCGGCGAAAAUAGCGCGCAAAAGUUGAAGAAAAGAGAAGAAACCCGCCAAUAAUCGCUGCUGUUUCGGUUGCGGUGAAAACUGAAAGUUUCCUCCGGUUGUGGUCGAAAGAAAGAAAGUGCGGCAGCCAUGGCAACCUCGGCGGUGCACCGGGGUCGGACCUCGGAGUCGGCGGAAUCGACCAAUCCGCUCGGGACCCGCAAGACGCUGAUCAUCAUGGUGACGGUGGUCGGGUGUAUCGCGAUCCUGUGGCCAAAGGUCUUCUACCCGAUGAUGGUUGGGCCGAACGGGGGAGCUGGAGUGGGGGCAGGAGCAGGGCAGUUUAAGCCGAACAUUAUGAAGGAUCAUCGCGGAUCAGGUUGUUGCGAUGUAGUGUUAGAUCAGGAAAAGUUUGCCAACGCGUCGAUCAAUGCGGCCAACCAGCAUGACCUGUUCCGCAAGCGGAACAUCGGACCGGCGGUAGAAGAUGCCAGUAUACGUCAGGAACGACCACCCCACCUCCGACCGGAGACGAUCCACCCGGCGAUGCGAGAACGUGGCCGGGCGAUCCCCCACGUGGGCUCGGUGCAAACCGAACGGCCACAAUCGGCGCCAAGGAUAGUGGAAGGCAGGCCCGGUCCCAUACCUGGUAUGCGCCCGCCUAUGGGAGCUGGAUCACAUCAGUCAACCAAGUCCGUCAACUCAAUGGGUUUCAUAAUGCCACUCUAUACCAUCGGUAUAGUCUCAUUCUUCAUCUACACGAUACUGAAACUCCUUUUCAAGAAGAAUCCGGCCGCGCCUUAUCCGGAGAUUAAGCCAGAUACGACCUUCCGGGAGGAAGUUUUCACCCAGGACCAAUACAUCAAACGACCGGUGGAAAGUGGAAAGACCAAGCUAGGACAACCGCUCGGCGAGAACGGUUCCGUCCCAGCUUCGGCCGCUCCAGUGUCCAACGGUAACGCUACCAGCCACGGUACCACGGUACAGGCGGAAAUCAGCGUUGAUUACGAGCAGCUGGCCGCCCAGUCGGAACGUCAAACCGCUGCAACGACAGACGUAGCUGUUCCGGCGAAGGAACAAGAGCAAGUGCAAGAGCAGCUCAUCGAAGCGGUUCUUGCGGAGCUCGCCAACGCGUCGGCUGGUAGCGAACAGCCCAAAGAGACCGAAUGCAACGAGCAAUCCGUUGCGCAAGAAUACGAGGACAUCGUACAGCCGAGCUACGAUCCCGCUACCGAGAAGGUAGUCGACGGAAUCGUCGUGAAAAGGGUUGCACGAUUCGACGAGCAUGAAGCAGGAACGAGCAACACGGUAGAGGAGCAAGUAGCUAGUCAGAUUGUGGAGGAAGUCAUCCAGGAAGCGAGCAGCGCCGUCAGCGAGGAAGCCGAAGCAGCGGCGGUGCAGAUGGUGGAGGACGUGGUACAGCAAGCGGAAGCCGCCGUUUACGGGCUCGAAGCCGAAGACAAGGGAGUGCAGAGCUACGCCGCGCAAGAGGAGGUCAUCGUGAGCGAUCACGCAACCACCGCUCCUGAUGCUUCGGAAACGUCGGAAGAAGCGAUCGAGUCUGUUGCCGAGCAAAGCUCGGAACAGGUCGAAACGAUUAAAGAAGAUACACUGGAAGAGACUGUAAGUGAGAAGGAAGUAGAAGUAACGCAACCCGAGGAACCUUCUGUACAGGAAGAAGUUGAGCAAGAGUCCGAAGUGACCUCUGAGGAAAUCGCAAUCAGAACGUUUGCUGAGCAAGGCUCUGAAAAAAUCGAACCGGCUCAGGAGGAACCUGCUGUGGAUGAACAAGAGUCCGAAGUGACCUCUGAGGAAAUCGCAAUCAGAACGAUUGUGGAGCAGAGCUCGGAACCAGCUCAAGAGGAACCUGCUGCACCUGAACAAGAAUCCGAGGUGACCACCGAAGAAGUUGCAAUCAAGGAGCAUCCGCAGGAAAUCCAAGCAGUGGAAGAGACUCCCAAAGCUGAACUCAAAAUGACCUCUGAAGAAGCCGCUAUUGAGGCUGUUGCUGAGCAAAUUCAGGACGAAACUCCAGAGCAAGCGCAGGUUGAAACUGUCGAAGCUGAGCAGGAAGUGAACACCGAAGAGGUUGCAAUCAAGGUCGAAGCUGAACAAAUUGAGGAGCAGGUUGAGGAAGUGCAGGCUGAGCAAACGUCUGUGCAGGAUGACACUCCCAAAGCAGAGCAAGAACCCGAAGUGAACGCGGAAGAAGAGGCCAUUAAGACGCUCGCGGAACAAGUUGAAGUUCUUCCAGAGGAAGCAGAGCCAUCGUCUGAAGUCACAACUGAAGAAGUUGAAAUCAAGGCCAUUGCAGAACAAGUCUCUGAGCAUGCAGAACCGUCUUCGGUGCCAGAAGAGACUCCUAAAGCUGAGCAAGAACCUGAAGUGACCACUGAAGAAGUCGAAAUCAAGGAAGUCGAGCAAGUUGAAACUCUACCGGAGGAAGUGCAAGCAGAGCAAUCUUCGGUGCCGGAAGAGACUCCCCAAGCCGAACAAGAGCCAGUAAACGCGGAAGAAGAGGCGAUCAAGGCUCAAGCUGAACAAGUUUCCGAGCAAGUCGAACUCCCGCAAGAGGAAGUGCAAGCUGAGCAAACCCCGGAACCGGAAGUGACCACCGAAGAGGUUGCAGUCAAGGCUAUUGCUGAAGAAGUCUCGGAACAAGCUGAAGUUGUUCAGGAAGAAGUUCAAGCAGUUGUAUUGGAAGAUACCCCUAAAGUCGAACAAGAGUCCGAAGUGACCGCUGAAGAGAUCGCAAUCAGGACUGCUGUCGAACAAGUCUCGGAGCAAGCUCCACAAGAGGAAGUUCAAGCUGAGCAAACUUCCGUGCCGGAAGAGGCUACCAAAGCGGAACAAGAGUCUGAAGUAAGCACUAAAGAGGGUGCAAUCAAAUCGGAACAAGCAGAACCUCAGCAAGACGAAACACCCGUGGAAGCGGAGACACCUGUAACGGAAGAAGCUCUCGAGAUCGAACAUCCAGCUGUAGUACGCAGCAAGCGAAUGGUUUCUUUCGACGUUCCUGUCGAGGAACCAGCACCGGAAGCCGAAGAAGCCAUGCUUACGGCACUGGCAGCGAAGAUGGAGGAGGCCGUGGCGCAGCAAGCGGAGGAAGCGGAAAUCCGAGCGAUCGCCGAGGAUCUGGUCAGCGAAGUGCUCGAGCAGGCGGAGGAAGUCGCCAACCAGAGGCUUGAGGAAGCCGACGCGUUUGAACUGCCAAUCUACGACCCGGCGACGCAGAAGCUGGUCGAUGGCCAGGUGAUCAAUCGGUUCGAUGUGCUGGACUCUGGCGAGGCGUCGACCUCAGCUGAAGUUGUGGAGGAAGUGGUGCAAUCUUUUGAGGUUACGGAAGUCAGUGAGGCGGCACCAGUUAGCAGCGAGGAACCGGUUGUGGAGGAAAUUCCUCAGCCCCCAGAAGUGAAGACUGUCGCUGCGGAAGUUGUCGAGACUGCGCCAGAAGCUCAGGAACUUGUUGAAAUCCCAGCAGUUGAGGAGCCUGCUGUGGAGGAAGUCAGCGUAGUCAGUGAGGCGGAAAUUGUCGAGACUGCGCCAGAAGCUCAGGAACUUGUCGAAAUCCCUGCAGUUGAGGAACCUGCUGUGGAGGAAGUUGUGGAGCCCGUGCAGGAAGUCGCCGUAGUCAGUGAAGCAGCGGUUGAGGUUCCAUCUGAGGCAAAUGAGUUUGCUGCUCAAGAAGCAAUUGUCGAGGAAGCUAAGUCCGUUGAUGUGCAAGAAGUUAGCGCAGUUAGUGAGGAAGCUUCAGCCGUGGAGGCAACUCAGGAGGAAGUUGUAGAGACUGUUGCUGAAUCGAAUGCUGUCCCAGAGCAUGUCGCGGUACAGGAAUCGAGCGAUGCUGUGCUGGAGUCGCCUGUCACGCAAAGCGUUGAGGUCAUCCAAGAAUCAGCUCCAGUUUCGGAACCCGUUGUUGAAGCUGUCAUCGAGCAAGCAGCUGGAAGCUCGACCGAAGUUGAAGCAACGGUUGAUGAACCAAGCUUGCCGGAAUACGACCCGGAAACUCAAAAGCUGGUUGACGGAAUCGUGAUUGACCGCUUCGAGAAGGUUGAAACUCCCGCUGCUGUGCCAUCAUCUGAAGCUACUGAAAUGGCUGUGGCCGAAGCUGAACCUGCCGUUCUGGUUGAAGCUGAGCUUACUGCUGAAACGGUUACCGCCGAAGAAGUUGUUGUCUCUGAAUCGCAAGAAGUCACUGUGCAGGAGCAAACGGAAGCGGAACCGCGUGAAGACAACAAGAACGUUGAGAUUCCCGCUGAAGUUGCUCUCGAAGUUGCGGUACAAGCUGAAACUGCUGAAAAGCAGGUAGAGGUUCAAGAGCCGAAGGAAUCCGUUGCAGAAACUGCGACUGAAGUCUCCGCGGAACAGGUCAUCAAGAGUGAGGAGAUCCAUCCGGUUGAAGUUGAAGCAAAGAGCGAGCAGGUGACCCUGGAGGUACAGCAACCCGUUGAGACGGCUCAGGUUGUGGAGCAGGAGCUGUCCCUGACUGCGAACCUUGAUGACGUGUGCAAGAUGGUGGCGGAAGCUCAGGAAUCGAGUGUGACUCGCACUGAAGAAGUCCCGAAGCAGGUGGAAGUUGAGGAACCACAAGCUUUUGAUACAGUUAUUGAGCCGGUUGAACAGAAGGUUCAGCCAGAAGAAGUUCAAGAGGUGGUUGUCGAACAGAAGCUUGAGGCUGUUGUGGAGCAGUUGAGCGUUGAGACGACAACGGAAGCAUCGAUUGAAGAACCGGUGAAGUUAGAUGAACAGAAAGCUGAGGUUACUGAAGCUGCGCAAGUAUCGGAACAGGAACCUGUUAAGGAAGCUGAGCCUGAAACAGUUGAAGCUAAGGAAAUUACUGUUGAUGCAGUACCAGUAGUCGAGGAAGUUGCAUCGGUUGAGGAAGCGGUGAAGUCUGACGAAGCGAAAGCUGAGGAAAUUGUAGCUGAAACAGUUCCAGAACCUGAACUGGUCCAGGAAGCAGAAGUAGUCAUCGAAACUGAAUCUACUGAAACUAAAGAGACUAUCGUGGAAGCAGAACCAGUCAUCGAGGAAGUCGCAUCGGUUGAAGAAGCGGUGAAAUCUGACGAAGCGAAAGUUGAGGAAGCCGUAGCUCAAGCUUCAGAUCAGGAACUUGUUCAGCAAGCUGAAGUUAUCUCCGAAAUCGAAUCCACUGAAACUAAAGAGACAAUCGUGGAAGCAGUACCAGCAAUCGAGGAAGUCACAUCGGUUGAGGAAGCGGUGCAGUCUGACGAAGCGAAAGCUGAGGAAGCAGAAGCAGCACCAGAACAAGAAGUCGUUCAGGAAGCUGAAGUAGUAACCGAAAUUGAAUCCACUGAAACUAAAGAGACUAUCGUGGAAGCAGUACCAGUAGUCGAGGAAGUCACAUCAGUUGCUGUCGAAGAACCGAUGGAACUAGUCCAGAAAGUUGAAGCAGUGACAGAGUCUGAACAAGCUGUUGAAACGGAAGCUGUACCAGUUGUCGAGGAAGUUGCAUCAGUCGCUGUUGAAGAAUCAAUUAAAUCUGAAGAACUAGUCCAGCAAGCUGAAGCCGUUGAGGAAGUACCAGUCGAGCAACCAGCAACUGAAUCGAGCAACGCUGCACCCUGCGAACCCUCGAAAGAGGAACCUGUGGAAUUUGCUGCAUCUGUACAAGUAGAGCAGCCGGAGCUCGUUUCGGAGACGAUCAUCACCACGGAAGUGGUGAACGACGCCAGAUCUACCGAGCCGGUGAUCUACAGCGGAGACGAAACCGCUGCCGGAGUGGUGGAAAGCAGCGAUGCUAGUGCGGAAAGCAAGGUGCAGGAGUCGGUCGGGAAGGAUAAGUGGGAGGUGUUUCCACGUGGUCCGACCAUCGAGGAGGUGACGGACGAUGGAGUUCGGGGAACUUCGGAGGGUACCGCGAGUGAGGAGCACGUCAUCAAGAUUGAGAUUGAGAAGCGUGAAACGACGGGAAUGAUUUCGGAAGUGGUGGAUGAGCCAGAGGAGGGAAGCGGCAAGCAAGAGGUGCCGGCUUCGCCGGUGACUAUCGAACCUGCGCUGGACGUCAUUUCCGAACACCAGGAAGAGGUUGAGGCGGCUGAUGUGAACCACGUCGUCACGGCAAUUCAAGGUCUGAUUAGCGCAGCGGACGAGCAGUUACUAAAGAUAGAUAGAAUUAAGCAAUCGGCAGCAAACAACUUAAGCAAGGAAACAGAAGAAACCGACAAUACCGAACCGGCUGAGAAGGAAUCCCCGGCGGCUGCGGCUGAUGCCACCAGCGGACACGUGGUCAAACACGUGGACGACGACAGCAGCGUCACCACCGCAAGCAGCAGGUGCAAUCCGGAACCGGAAGUCACCCAAAAAGAAGAAGAAGUGGAACGACAAGAAGUAGCUGUAGACGAGCCGGAAGUAGCCCCGAAGGUCGUGAAGAAGCGUGAAGCCGGAGCGGUGCCGAAGAAGAAGCGUCAAACGAGCAACGGUGGCAUCGGUAGCACAACAACAACAACAACAGCAACAACGGCUAGCCAGGAAGAGGAAGGACGUGGCCUGAGCAAGAGCGGAAGCACCGUCAAAGUGAUACCGAUGGAGAAGAAGGUUUCGUACGAGCCGGGACAUCACGCGUCCAUCAGCCGGCCCACGAGCCCGGUGCAGUCGGUCACGCUGGAUUCGUCAAUCGUCGAGUGCGAUGCAGCGGAAUCCAAGUGCGUGCUGCUCGAAACGAAAGUGCCACAAUCGUCCAAGGUUAUGUUGGCCGAUUCGGACCAUUCCGUGGCAAAGCUGGACGCAACCGCCACUGCCACUAGCGCACGAACCCAGGAGGAUACGCCGUUCGAUUUAAAUCUGAUCGUGGUGUUUGAGUCGGUCUCGAACCUGAACCAGGGCCGAAGCCUGGAGCUCAACGUUUUGCUGGGCUCGGAACCGACCACCACCCAAACCACGGUGGUCAAUUCCUCGGGCUCCGGUGCCUCCUCCACAACGACCCGCAUAGCAUCCCCAACGAGGGAGGUGGUGCUCAGCGGCAAGAUGAAACUUUCAUUAGUCAAGUUGGACGACAUCGAGAAAAAAUCUACGGACGACGUCGUGGUAAGAGCCAAGGAUGGCAGCAGCCAGGACAAGAAACCCUCUCGCUUCGGUCCCAAUGAGGAGUAAGCUGCGCGUGGAAGCAGCCAGCCAGAAGUACAUAUUUUUUAAAGAACUGAACUCAAAUCAACCAGUCAGCUACAGAGCUGGAGAAAAGGGGGGAAGCACUUCCCGUUUCUACGUGACUGAGGCAAGCAAAUGCAGCAAAAACUAAGGACAAGCGCGCGUGGCCAAAUUAGAGCGAAAUUGCUUUCGUGGUGAAUAAGUUACACACACUGCUAUUUUCUAUACACUAAAGUUGAAACUAAAACGGCUCAAUUUUAAGAGGGAUUAACUUCAGUCCAACGAAAAAACCAUGGCUCACAUAUUCGUCAGUAAAUUCUAAAUUCUACUUAAUCGCAAUUACAUUCGAUGUGUAGGAAAACUGCAUGCGCGUUAAUUGUGUCGAAAAGCAACAAACAAAUAGAACAAUUUAUACAAUCAAUUUCUACUGUUUUGUUACUUGCUUACUAUUUCGGUUUAAUUUACUAUCUACACACAACACACACACUAUACUUGUCACCACCUUCUUGUCUGUUAUCUUGCUUAAGUUGAUCGGUAUUUCUUAGUUUGAUCCAUUUAUAUUUACUUGUGUAACCACAAAGAAAUAGUAUUUUUAUAUCAGGCAAAAUAGGAAGCAAACGGCAUUGUUUUAGAAUUUGUUUCCGAAACCGUUUAUCUUUUUUUUUAUUGUUUAGACAAUUUUAUAGCCCCGAGCUUCGCUCAGAUAGUCCCAUUAUACAUUGUUACCACUAUGUGGCAGAUAUUCUGCUCAAAUAAAUAGUAGUUUGUCAAACUUAUAAAAAUGGAUGAAAUUCUAGAAAAUAAAUAAAAAGCAAAUAAAAAAAUUAAAAAUAGUUAAAUUAUGCAAGCAAACCUAUUGUAACAGCGAAAUUGACGUAAUAAAAUGAACAUGUUAUAA